AUGUUGGCUGCAGCUUAUGGCAAGAUUGAAGCUGUAAAUUAUCUUUUAGACAAUGGAGCCGAUCCCUGUAUUAAAGAGCAGUCAGGAAGAAAUUUACUACACGCCGCUUCACACGGUGGUAAUGUUGCCAUCAUCGAGACACUAAUGUCACGUGGUCUAGAUCUCGAUUCAAAAGAUAGUGGAGGGAGUACACCGUUGAUGUGGGCUGCAGGUUGUGGCAUGAUUGAAGCUGUAAAUUAUCUUUUAGACAAAGGAGCCGAUCCCUGUAUUAGAAACUGGUUAGGAAUAAAUUCACUGCACGCCGCUUCACAGGGUGGUAAUGUCACCGUCAUCGAGAAACUAAUGUCACGUGGUCUAGAUGUCGAUUCAAAAGAUAGUGAAGGAAGUACACCAUUGAUGUUGGCUGCAGCUUUUGGCAAGAUUGAAGCUGUAAAUUAUCUUUUAGACAAAGGAGCCGAUCCCUGUAUUAGAAACCAGUCAGGAAGAAAUUUACUACAUGAUGCUUCACAGGGUGGUAAUGUCACCAUCAUCGAGACACUAAUGUCACGUGGUCUAGAUGUCGAUUCAAAAGAUAGUGGAGGAAGUACACCAUUGAUGUUGGCUGCAGCUUGUGGCAAGAUUGAAGCUGUAAAUUAUCUUUUAGACAAAGGAGCCGAUCCCUCUAUUAGAAACCAGUUAGGAAGAAAUUCACUGCACGCCGCUUCAAAGGGUGGUAAUGUCACCAUCAUCGAGACACUAAUGUCACGUGGUCUAGAUGUCGAUUCAAAAGAUAGUGAAGGAAGUACACCAUUGAUGUUGGCUGCAGCUUGUGGCAAGAUUGAAGCUGUAAAUUAUCUUUUUGACAAAGGAGCCGAUCCCUCUAUUAGAGACCAGUCAGGAAGAAAUUUACUACAUGAUGCUUCACAGGGUGGUAAUGUCACCAUCAUCGAGACACUAAUGUCACGUGGUCUAGAUGUCGAUUCAAAAGAUAGUGAAGGAAGUACACCAUUGAUGUUGGCUGCAGCUUUUGGCAAGAUUGAAGCUGUAAAUUAUCUUUUAGACAAAGGAGCCGAUCCCUCUAUUAGAGACCAGUCAGGAAGAAAUUUACUACAUGAUGCUUCACAGGGUGGUAAUGUCACCAUCAUCGAGACACUGAUGUCACGUGGUCUAGAUGUCAAUUCAAAAGAUAAUAACGGCAGAACCCCAUUGAUGUUGGCUGCAGCUUAUGGCAAGAUUGAAGCUGUAAAUUAUCUUUUACACAAAGGAGCCGAUCCCUCUAUUAGAGACCAGUCAGGAAGAAAUUUACUGCACGCCGCUUCAACGGGCGGUAAUGUCGCCAUCAUCACAAAAAUGCUGUCACUUGGUUUGGAUGUUAAUUCAAAAGAUAUUAGAGGUCACACACCGUUAAAAAUCGCAAAAGAAUUCGGCAAACCUGAGGCCGUAACCUUCCUACUUAGCAAGGGAGGACAUUAGUUUUUAUUUCUUACUGCUCCUUUUAAAUACGUCGUUCAGGUCCAUAGUCGCGAAAAGAAACGAUUGAUAAAUUUUACAAUAUUGAGUAAGACUGGAUAAUAAUUAAUUCAUAAUACCGCGAGAGAAGGAACAAAUCUAGGAAGGCCUAUCGAUUCCCUCUUUGAUUGUAUAAAAUAGAUCGCCUGCACACGAUGUCAUCACAAAUUUAACAUAGCUUUACACCCUAACAUCAGUAUUCAUGUCCUCCAUACUGUUCUCUAUGCAUUUCCUGAGGUGCUGACAGGGAGAAUUAGCUUAACGAUCCAGAGCUUCUGUAGUUGUUGAUCAUUUCCCUUAUUCUUAUUACCUUAGUAUAUGAUUCAAGGGUGAUAUUGUAAGGAGAAAUUAGAUGCUGCUCAGUCUAAUGGGGUUAAAGGGUUAAGUUCAAAUUUUUCGCCCUUCAGGCUUCUGUCAUCAAGUUGUAAUUUCAUUCAAUCAUAUAUUAACUCAAAUGUAGAGCUUUAAACCUUUCACUCCCAAGAUCUCAUCAGUAAUUCUCCUCACUGU